UACUCCGCUUUUCCGUGGUUGGGCUCCACAUCUCCUUCUCUUUUGCUCUCACGGUUUUGCACAUGCAAAAAGGCAGCAGUAGCAACAACAACAUCUCCGCCUGAGAGCUUUCAAGACGAAGUUCUUGGCGUCGACAGCGACGUCGACAGAGGCAGCGGCAGCGACAGCGCAGCAGCAGCGAACAACUCGUACAGAUAUUCCCUGAGUCAUGGAUUGUAGCAGAAGAAAAAUUAAAGUUUGCCUGAAUAAAAUGGAUUUAUAAAAUUAGUUGAAACUUGUUGGAUCUCAAUUGCAUUGUUAUCGUUAUGCUGUACAGUAAAACAUGGCAAAGUCGACACUUUAUGCUGCUGGGGUGACCUGUCUCGGGUUUGUAUGCUUCGCCUUGGCAUCUGUGGCCAUUGGCAUACCCAUCUGGGGAUACUAUGAUAGUCCAUCGGGCGGCUAUGACUUCGAUCGAGGCUAUUUCGGGCCGUUUAAGGUCUGCAAGCAAUUGACGUAUAACCGCGAGAAGUGCGGCAACGAUGUAUCCAAGUUUAGGCUAAGCAAUGCAGUUUUUGUCAGUGGACUCCUGGCCAUUGGCAGCUCAGCUGUGCUGGGCAUCUUCUGCAUUCUGUCGGUCAUUCAACACGCGAUGAUCUCAUCUAGGGAGAAGGUGGUAUUGCCCUAUACAACUCUAGUGAUAGUGAAGUUAAUGCUGGCGUUGCUGGGAGGUGUACUGGCUAUCAUAGCGACGGUUUUGUUUGCUCUACAAAUUGAUGAGCAGGAGCGCUAUGGCUUCAAGAUAUCGCGGGGCAUUUCCUUCUAUAUACAGAUCGUUGCGAUUGUUUUGACCAUCGCUUUGUUCGUUGCCGCCCUCUACGAUGUGAUCUAUUCGCGCAGUCCCGGAGGAGAUCCGACGAUGGCGCUGGAUGCGGCAUCUCCGGGCAGUGCCACCACGUUCAACAAUCCGGGCUUCAAGGAGCCGCGCAGUCGCAACGGCGUUUCGGUGACAGACGCCUCCGGGAAGCCGUACAGUGGGAUCCGGAAUGGAGCGGGAACGGCUGGCAGUGUGGCCUCCAUGAGCACGACGGUGACCAGCGUCUCCAAUGGGUCAACCCUCGACUCAGUGACACGAUCACCACUGCGAUCGAGUCUGAAAAAACCCCGACCCCGGCCGGAUCCAACGCUGGGCAUUCAAAAUCCCGGCUAUUCCGGAUCCGGAAGUUCGCCACCGAUGCGGCGCAAUGGAAGCGUGAAGAAGGUCCGCAUUCAGACGCACAGCACCGAGGUGUAAAAUGGUUUCAACCACUUAGAUUUAAGCCCUUCAACAAGCAGCAAACGGAAAAAACAAACAAAAAUAUAUACAUACAAAGACUGUGUACAGUAGCAAAAAAAGAAGACACAAAGCAAGAUUAAGGUUAGAAUCUUUUUGAAGUGUCCGUCAUUAAUUAAUUGAUAAUUCCCAAACUGCAAAUUGAAAAUUCAUUUUCAUUUGUCUUCCAAGAAGGAUGCAUAUUAUUCAUUUGGCCUUGGCCAAUAUUUCUGUAAGCAACGGUUUCCGUCCACGGGCAAGGCAAGAGUAUUUAAUUCGAAUUGAAUUUCCCCAGAAGUAUUUGAUUUUCAAUAUACAUACCUCCCCAAGUGCCCUUGAGACCCCGCCCAGUCCCCCGCACAUUGGAAAGAAUUAGCCACGAAAACGUGUUACUCUGUAAUACCAACCUACAUUUAAUUAAUUUGCAAUAUUCAUAUCUAACAGAAACAAACUAAGCCUAAGCAUUAUAAAGCAACAUUUGUAAAAUACAUAAAAAUCAAAACGACACAAUUUGUUAUUUAUAAUUAAGUUUAAGUCAAGGCGAAAAUGAGCGAGUUUCAAAUAGAUUCGAUAAUUAUAUGUUAUUGUUAGCUAUACUUUAAUUUAAAAGCGUUAAUCAACCUAAAUGGAUAAUAAUAAUUGUUGCGCUAAGAUUUCACUAUUAAAGACACUUAGAUUAA